CGGGGCGAGACAGUCUUCUUGGCGCGGAGCCUCGGACACUGAGAAUGCGAGGGUUUAAAGUUCUUCGAUUCUAGGGUUCACUCUCUCCCCAAUUCCUAUUGUUUCCACAAGGUUUGUUCCUGGAACAUGGCUUCUGACCAGGUUAUUGCUGAAUUGGUUGGAAUGGGGUUUGAAUUCUCUGAUAUUACAGAUGCUGUAAAAGCAGUUGGUCCAUCAGUAAGUAAUGCAAUUGAGUAUAUAUUGGAUGGUUCACAUAGAAAUAAGGGCACAUCAACUAGUAGUACAUGUGUUGCCCCCAACACCAAUUCUAGGCAGAAAAGAGCCUCUAAUGCCUUGCAUGCUUUUGAUAGAAUGAGGCAGUCAAAUAUAAAAGAAAGCCUGAAAUCAGCUUGCAAGCCCAUAAAAAGAAAGUACAAUGAUGAACCUGUAUCACUCUGUGAAUCAGAGGCAUUGCAGAGGACUCUAGAAGGUCCUACUGAGCUUCUUCCUGUGAUGGAUAGUGAUAUGUGCAAUGCACAUGAAACAUCUGUACCAUCGAAUUGCAAAGAUGAAGAGGUCUUUGGCCAAGAUUGGGAAAAGAAGGUCAAGACUUUGUUGGUCAAGCACUUUGGGUUUUCGUCCUUGAAAAGUUUUCAGAAGCAAUCUCUGGAAGCUUGGUUAAAUCACAGAGACUGCCUUGUGCUUGCAGCAACUGGAUCUGGGAAAUCUUUGUGUUUUCAGAUUCCAGCAUUGCUCACUGGUGAGGUUGUCAUUGUUAUUUCACCAUUGAUAAGCUUGAUGCAUGACCAAUGCUUGAAGCUAGCAAAACAUGGAAUAUCAGCUUGCUUUCUUGGAUCUGGCCAAAUUGAUCGAAGUGUUGAAAAGAAAGCAAUGAAUGGUUUGUAUAGCAUUAUAUAUGUAUGCCCAGAGACAAUUUUAAGACUAAUAAAGCCACUCCAAAACCUUGCUGAAAGCCGUGGAAUAGCUUUAUUUGCGAUUGAUGAAGUUCAUUGUGUUUCUAAGUGGGGCCAUGACUUUCGGCCGGAUUAUAGGCAAUUGUCUAUUCUGAGGGAAAACUUUCGAGUUGACACUUUGAAGUCCUUGAAGUUUGAUGUACCACUAAUGGCAUUGACUGCUACUGCUACUAAUUGUGUUCGUGAAGACAUUCUUAAGUCAUUAAAAAUGUCAAAUGAAACCCAGAUUGUUUGCACUUCAUUUUUCCGGCCAAACCUUCGAUUCUCUGUAAAGCAUUCUAGAACAUCGUCCUUGGCAUCCUAUCAGAAGGACUUUCAAGAAAUAAUAAGUACUUACUCAACAAUGAAAAAGUUUAGAAAAAAUAAUUUAAUCUCUCCAGAUCUGGAUGAUGUCACUGCGAUCUCUAGUAGCACUUCAGAUUGCAGCAUUCCUGAACUUGAAGCAUUGCUUGAGAAUGAUGUAGACGACAUUAAUGAUGAUGCUUUCUCUGAAAAUGAUGAUGAAAUAGGUCUUCCCAUGAGACAUUCCUUGCCUGCUUCAAAGGAAAGAGAAUUAUCAGUUGAAUUUCUAGAAGAUGAAAGUGAUCUUUUCCAAGAUGUCGAUGAUUUAGAUGUUUCUUGUGGCGAGUUUCAUGGACAGCCAAUCAAGGACUUCUGUGCUUCUGUACCACUCAGAACUGUUGAUCUACCCAGUAAACCAGAAGAGAGACUAAAGCUACAGCAUGAACCCUUGGAAUAUGGACCAACAAUAAUAUAUGUUCCCACUAGGAAAGAAACAUUGAGCAUAGCAAAGUUUCUAUCGAAGUUUGGGGUAAAGGCUGCUGCUUAUAAUGCAAAGUUGCCAAAAUCACAUUUAAGACAGGUGCACAAGGAAUUUCAUGAAGACUACUUGCAGGUUGUUGUUGCAACAAUAGCCUUUGGGAUGGGAAUAGACAAGUCAAAUGUUCGUAGGAUCAUUCAUUAUGGUUGGCCGCAGAGUUUGGAGGCAUAUUAUCAAGAGGCUGGACGAGCUGGACGUGAUGGAAAGUUGGCAGAUUGUGUUUUAUAUGCCAACCUAUCAAGAAUACCAACACUUUUACCAAGUAAAAGAAGUGAAGAGCAGACAAGACAAGCAUAUAAGAUGCUAUCAGAUUGCUUCAGAUAUGGAAUGCAAAAUUCUCAAUGUCGGGCCAAAAUGCUUGUGGAGUACUUUGGCGAGAAGUUUGGCUUGCAGAAGUGUCUCUUGUGUGAUGUCUGCAUUAAUGGACCUCCUGAAUUGCAGAAUCUAAAGGCCGAGGCUGCAAUUCUCAUGCAAAUUGUUUAUGCUCAUUAUGGUCAAAGCAGUUGUGCAGACAUCUCGUAUGAUGGUGAUAUCAUACGCCACAAUGGAAAAAGAAGUAAACUUUAUGAAAAGCCAAAUAUCAGGGAGAUUGUCAGUAGAAUAAGGGAACAGCAUCAAGAAUUUACCACAAGUGAAGUGUUAUGGUGGCGAGGUCUUGCCAGAAUUUUAGAAGCAAAAGGAUUUAUAAGGGAGAGCGAUGGCAAGAAUCAUGUGCAGAUAAGAUGCCCAGAACUAACGGAACUGGGAAGACGAUUUCUGAGGUGUGACUCAGGAGAAGAAGCAUUUAAUGUAUAUCCUGAAGCAGAUAUGCUACUAUCGACAGCCACAGCAAAGGGCAAGUCAUAUUCUAGCUUUGCAGAAUGGGGAAAAGGUUGGGCUGAUCCGGAGAUCAGGCGCCAGCGUUUGCAAAGAAAGCGGUCUUGGAAAUCACCCAAGAAAAGAAAAUCACAUAAACCAUUGCCCAGUACGAAUACCGUUCGAGGAAGGUUAACCGCAAAGCUCUCUGCAAAGAAAUGACACCAAUUCUUUCAGUAUAUUACAGCGAUUUGUCUUCAAGAUUGAUCACAAGUGUAAUAGAAUAAAAUAGAUUGGAUCAACAUCAAUUAACAAUGGGACAUUAUUUUUAGGGGUUUUAUUUAAUGGUAUAUAAAAUUUUAGACUAAAGUGCCCUUCCGCACCAUGAAUCAAAACUGAUUCUUCAUGCCA